UUUGUUUCUAAACACCUUCGUCCAACUUUUACAACACAAUGAUUCCGCAACAUCAACCCACCAACAGCACCAGUCUGAGCAGAUCAGUCGGUGUUCCCUGUGUAGAUGACACGAAAAACAAUGUCUCUUUCAUGAUACUGCCGCCUGAAGUACGUGGGAUGAUCUACGACCAGCUGCUCACCUCACAAAAAGAGCAAAGACUACCACUUCCACUCAUGCAAACAAGCAAGAGGAUCAAACAAGAGUUCCUACACAGCUUUCGAAAGCUUCUCAACCAUCGAACUACACUGCAACUUGUUCGGCUUAACCAUCCAAUUCCUCAAAAUACGUGGGACGUAAGCCUCUAUCAGUCCUUUGCCAGCGGAGAGUUCUUCCAUACUCCCGGUCUGCCGACUCUAUCAGGACACUACCUAAAAUGGGAGAACUUUCGUGAGUCGGCAGAGGAAGUUAUUAACAUACUUGCUCGAGUUGGCUGCGUAUACAUCCGGAUGCCAUGCUAUCGCGGUCUUGCAUUCACGAUUCGAUUCAACGACAAUACAUCACCAUCUAUACUUAUCCAUCAGAGUCGUGCUGGUGACUGGGAAAGAUUUGGUACUCGUGGUAACCGCUGGGCCCUGGACAUUGAACAAUGGACUCUGACUCCGGCAGUGUGUUCAACCGUUUGGAUUGACUCUUUCAUCGCCUCGAUAAGUGACCAGUGCGAUCGACUGGUAAAACAAACAACUUGAGACCUAUUUUCCUAGCAUCACAUUCACCAUCUAAAUCAGAUAUGACAAUUCAUCGGCCAGCAAAAGUAGAUUUGCUGCGAUUAGUGUUUAGUUGCCACUUUUUACCUGAGAGCCUUGCGUGCAUGAGGUCAGCAGAACGUAGCCUCGGCCGAUUCUGUUGUGUGUGGAGCAUAUUUAUGAGCAAUGAGCAAGUUCGAGGUGUUGCCACGUGGAGUCAGGUUCCGACUGUUCA